GCACAUGCUGUUACAUAUGCGACUAUCGGUAAGAGUAGAGAUACCGACGAGACAAUCACUCACUGCAAAACAAUCUUGAGGGAUUCAUCAGGACGACCGCCUAUAUCAAGAUGACAUUUCUCUUGCUUGCAGCAUUGUGUCUCGGGCUUGUAUACAAUGUAUCAGCACACCCAGGGGGUAACUUGGAGAGGGAGGAAGUAGAAGUGGAUAAAGGUUUUGCACAAAGAGAAACGCCAGUUCUUCCACCACCUGCUGUCCGUCAGAAGCGUUCCUCAUGCAGCGACCUUCCAGAUGACAUCCCAAAUGAGGCUUGGCAGAACAUCAUGGUGGAUGAACACAACACACGGAGGCUUAACGAGGCCAGUGAACAGGGCAGUUCCAACGAGAAUAAGCUGACAUACAACCAAGAGUUAGCAAAGUUGUCCCAGUUACGAGCUAACAAGUGUAUCUGGGACCAUGGGGAUUACACGUUUUGCAAUGGUACUAGUGUUGGCCAGAACAUGUACUACAUCGGUAGGCCAGGGGGUUCCUCGAUAGACUCAGGCAUUGCCAUGGGUGCAAUGAAAGGCUGGUACAAUGAUGAGAAACCGCAUUACGACCUAAAAACCAUCUCUUGUGCCCAGGGGAAAGUCUGUGGCCAUUAUACUCAGGUCAUCUGGGCGGUUACUGAGAUGGUUGGCUGUGGCGCCCAUAUUUGUGAUAAGCUGUAUCAGUAUAAAGAUGGGGUUAAAGUCAUAUACAGAGACACACCAACUUACGAUUAUACUCUCGUCAUAUGUGACUAUUCCCCACCGGGAAACUAUGUAGGCCAAAAACCAUUCAGAGAAGGGGGUGUCUGUAGUGCAUGUAAGGGUGACACUGGCGUAUCUUGUUACAAUGAUACACUAUGUGCGAAAUGCAAUCAUCUUGAAGAUGAGAACUGUGAGUGUCCUAAUAAAGUUAAGUGUGAGAAAAAUGGUGGAACUAUCGACACAACAGAAGAAAAUUGCGUCUGUAAUUGUGGUGAUGACAGCAAAGGGGGCGAAGCCUGUGAAAUCGACUGCAUCGAUAAACCAGGAGAUGCCUCAAGUAGUUGCAACUAUUGGAAAAGCUCUGGCUAUUGCGCACCCGGGAGUGUUUACAGUGCGUUCAUGCAACAAAACUGCAAAGAUACGUGCGCGUGCAAUUAAUAAUGGAAGUGAGAAGUGGGACAAAGACACCGAUGACUUACCCACCAACUACACUUUUCAGCAAGCAUGAUUAUACUUGAAAAUGGACUAUGAGUGUAUCACGUUAACCUCAGAUUUGAAAAUAAUUUAAACAAUGACGUUCAGCAUAUGAUCUAUUUAGUAUCACCAAGUAUGAUAAUCAUAUUGUGAUAAAUCACCCUUUAUGUAAAUCAAGUUAUGUUAUAGGCUAUUAGACGUUCUUCAUGAAUUGAAAUGUUUUCCUUGUGACACAUUGGAAAUUGGAAUAAAAUUAACUGAAAUGCA